AGACGGAGAGAGGGAUCGUUCACUGCUGCGCCUCCUUUGCAAACUUAACCGAGUACAAUAUUGGGAGGAAGGAGGGGGAGGGGGGCGCUAUCUCUUUGUGUGCGGCUCGCAGGAAAAGUCGGUGGCUCUUGUGUGUGCGUUUGAGAAAGAGGAGAAAAAACACCGAGGCGCUGCUGCUGACUUCUCCGUCCACCGCAGCGAUGCGCCUCUUCUCCUCACCGCCGGCUCUGCUGGGGCUCGCCCAGCUGCAAGCCUGCCUCUACUGGAGCUGCCUGUUGUGGCUGCCGGCCGGCGGGCAGCCGCAGAGGAACCCGCCGCCCCUUCCUCCAGCCGUGUGGAGGCAAAGGAUUCAGUGGGAGAACAACGGGCAGGUGUACAGCCUUCUCAGCCUGGGCUCCCAGUACCAGCCGCCGCGGCGCAGGCAAGGCCAGGAGCCCGCGCAGGGCGGCCACGUGUUGCUCCUCAGGGGCAACAGCACAUCGCCGCGCAGGGCACCAGCGGCUCCCGCCGCCACCGCAAGCACGACCAGGAGGCCGGAGGCGCGGCAUUGGUUCCAGGCCGGCUACCAGCACUCAGCGGGCAGUGAUGGCGGCGGCAGGGGCCAUAGGACUCAAGCCGGCAGCAGCUCUGCGCGGGAGCCCCAAGCACGUCGUCUGGAGAGCUCCCCCUCUAGGGCGGGCAAUGGGAGCAGCCCGCCGCCUCUGAGCAACCUCCGGCCUCCGCACCGGGAAGACGGCAUGGUGGGCGACGAUCCCUACAAUCCGUAUAAGUACACGGACGACAACCCCUACUACAACUACUACGACACCUACGAGCGGCCCCGGCAGAACAGCCGCUACCGGCCUGGCUACGGCACCGGCUAUUUCCAGUACGGUCUUCCUGACUUAGUACCAGAUCCUUAUUACAUCCAAGCAUCCACUUAUGUCCAGAGAACAUCCAUGUACAACUUGAGGUGUGCUGCUGAAGAGAAUUGCCUGGCAAGUUCAGCGUAUAGAUCAGAUGUCAGAGACUAUGAUAAUAGAGUACUCCUGAGAUUCCCCCAGAGAGUGAAAAAUCAAGGCACAUCAGAUUUCUUGCCAAGCCGACCACGAUACUCUUGGGAGUGGCACAGCUGUCAUCAGCAUUACCACAGUAUGGAUGAGUUCAGCCAUUAUGACUUGCUUGAAGCAAGCUCACAUAGGAGAGUAGCUGAAGGACACAAGGCAAGCUUUUGUCUUGAAGAUACUUCUUGUGAUUAUGGAUACUAUAGACGAUACGCAUGUACAGCACAUACACAGGGAUUGAGUCCUGGCUGUUAUGACACCUACAAUGCUGACAUAGAUUGCCAAUGGAUUGAUAUCACAGAUGUGAAACCCGGAAAUUACAUUUUGAAGGUUAGUGUAAACCCUAGCUAUUUGGUACCAGAAUCGGACUACUCCAACAAUGUAGUACGCUGUGAUAUCCGUUACACUGGCCACCAUGCAUAUGCCUCUGGCUGCACAAUUUCACCAUAUUAAAAUGAAAGAAAAUGUCUGCUCCGUUGCCUAAGAUUUUGGGAGGAAAUUAUUUCAUGAACUGAAAUAGGAUGUAAAAACUUCUGAAAACUGAAGAAAAAAUGUCCAGGAAAUACACGAAGAAUUUUAAUGCAACUCUGAAGCAUUAAGACCUUCUUCAAAAUGAAUUAUUUUGUUUCAUUCAUGCAUUCAACUUUUGCAAAGUGUGAAUUGGUGCUUUAUACACUUUUUCAAAUUCUGUUGGAAAGUUAUUCACAGAAAUACCUUUCUUAGACUACUGGAAAUCUGUGAACGACCUUACAAAACAAUUUACAAGGUGCUCAGGUAGGCUGGGAUACAAAGAGCAUGUUUGUGCAUGCUCAGUCAAAUCUUAUAAUUUAUUUUAAAAGACACCUCUUCCUCUCCACCAAUGUCACCACAAAAUUGUUUGAUAAUGCCCUCUAUUUUACAGUGGGGUUGAGGAGCUGUUGUCUAAAGCUUUUUGGGAAUUGUGGGACCAGUUUCAUAGUUCUUUAGAUUAGACAAAUUCUGAAAGAGCAGAAGAAAGGUUUCCAUUACUGCAGAAAGACUAGCUUGACAUAUUUUCUGCCAAAUACAGAAAGGAAUUAUUCAUUUUUCAAGAACUAUUAAUAUUUAAUGGAGCAAUGCCUGUGCACCAGUUACUUAAGCUUUCACAUAUGAAACAUGUUUACAUUUUAAAUGUAUUCGCAAGUGACCAUUUUUGUAAGCCAAAAGCAUAUUGCGAUUUUGACAUGAACCACUUCUGAAAGACAGUUAUAAAACACUAAGCAGCCCUUUUCCAAUGCAGAGAGACGUAUUUGCACAUUUCAUUGUUCUUGGUCUCUUGUGGUUAAAAAACUUUCUAAACAGGUGUUUUGAAACUGCUUCACAGUAAUAGGAUUUGGGUAGCCUCCAUUAAAAAUGAUGCAUGUUCAGUUUUUUAAAAGUCAGCAUUAAGAUACUCAGGUGGCAUCUCUCUCUCUCUCUCUCUCUCUCUCUCACACACACACACACACACACACACACACACACACACACACACACACACACACAACCCUUGAAAAUACAGAAUAGAUUUGGGGGAAGGGGAAAAGGAUGACAGAUUUCCCAUGAACCUGCACAAUACUGUGGUUGAAACAGUCUGUAAUAAAAAGUGAAGCUUUAAAGUACUACACGAAGCAGUAUCCACUUGAGUAGGCUGCCAUAAUACAUCUGACACAGGAUGUAUUGGCGACAAGAGCCAGUUUUGAAAAAUUUAGAGCUGAAAUAUAACUCCCAAAUAACCCAAUGACUGCUACUGGUAGGCAGUUUAUUCUCACUGUGGAUAAAAACAUAACAGUGGGAAUUUUUAUUCAAAACUGUGGAAUGAUUUCCCACAGAGGGAGCUCCCCCUUGCAUUACUUAGUUUGUAAAGGAAUGGGACUGAUACACACUUAUUGUUGAAUAUGCACCUGUAGCAGGACUUCUAAGAAGAGCUGUGUUUUGACUGCAUUCCAAUAGUGUAUAGCACAAUAUAUAAGAAGUGGUGUACUUAGUUUGGAGUGUACCACUUCAGUGUUUUAGAACAAUGCACAUUUUUAGCUUGAAUGCUGGGUGACUCAUUUUUGAGGCUAUCAAUUCUACUGGUUUUGAAAAUUCAGAUAAAAUAUUUUCCCUAUGAAAGGUGCCACAAUAUGCUCUUAAAACUUUCCAAGCAGCCUUACAAAGGUGUUUCUUCCUUUUCAUUUACCAGUGCCAAGGCCCUCCAAGCCCUCUUUAAUGGCUUUGGAUCUCAGUCCUUCUGACCACAUUACAAUAGUUUGUUCUGACAUGCUGUGGCCUUUCAUGUGUGAACUACAAGUAACCACAUACUACGUUGCUUGUUUACAUGUAGGCCACUUUUUACAUUUACAGUACGUCAGGAAAAAAACAUGGCUGGUAUCUGGAGCCAGUAGAGCAACAUGGGCGCAGGAAUAACGAUGACCUUAUAGUGACAUGUCAAGGUUGACCUACCUGACAGUUCUGAGUAACUACGCUACACAGGACAACUACGUACUGUAAAUCUCUAAUUCCUGAUUUUUCCUAUACAAAGGUAGUAUUUUCAUUUGUCAACAGAGCUGGGUAUAUGCUGGUACUAAUGUAAAAAGGAACCAUAUUACUAUUGACUUCUGACAGUAACUAAGGUUAGUCUAACAUUACUUAUUUAUGUAGAUUCAUUGUGAUUUGGAGAUUCUAUCAUGGAUUUUAGCAAUGACACAUCAAACAUUCUAGUCUAGUAGCACCUUAAAGACCAACAAGAUUUAUAGGGUUUAAGCUUUUGAGUCAAAGCUCCAUUUCUUUCAAAAGCUUAUACCCUGGAAAUCUUGUUGGUCUUUAAGGUGCUACUACACUUGCUCCUUUUAUUACAGAGCAACAUGUCGACACAGCUGAAACAUCAAACACGAUGAGGUUGGCAAAGACAUUUUCUUAACUAUUCUUGGCUGCUCCAUGAUUUUUAGUAUAGAAACUUUUCUUAUUCCAAGAGUUUCCUGAACCAUGAUAAAGUGGAAGGGAUUUCUGUUAAAUAACAAAUACAUGAACAUUUUUUUCUGUUAAGCUUUUUGUGCUUAACAGUUUUUGAACAGACAAGAAACCUAAAGGAUCCUCAGUUCAUUGGAAGUGGUCUAUCCUGUGCCUUACAAGACAGUAAACACAUUAUUUUCACAUUCCAGAUAUUUGAAGGUGCUUACAUAUUUUAACUUGAACUGAAAUAAAAUAGCUUGCUGUCAGGAAAUCUAUAUGCAACCAAGUGUUACAAGUUCAAUGAAAUGCCACUUUAUAUUCUUGAAGGAAUUUUCAAUAUUUACUUCAGUUUUUUAAAAAUCUUAUCUCUAAAACUUACGCAUCUUUCUCUGAAAAAUUAUUUAUAAUUAUUCAUACACUAGCUUUGUAUUCUUCCAUUGCAUUUCUAUAUUCUUGUGCUGCACUUUUGUAUCAUGGUUGAAAAUUUGUGAAGGUGACCUGAAUAAAAUGUUUCAAGUGA